GUCUGCCUUUUGUUGACAGUUUAUUUAAAAAAACAUUUUAAAAGUAGUGAUUGAAAAGUGCAUUAAUACAAAAAGUGAUUAAUUUGUAAUUACCGGAUAUUUAAUAAUGGUUUAUAUUCAUUUCCCUUCAAAUCUAACCGAAGAAGAAUUAAUGCUACAAGCCAAAUAUGCUAAGCUGAAGAAAAAGAAAAAAGCAUUGCAAGCUUUGAAGGCACCCAAACAAGAACCUGAGAAAAAUCUUAUCCCAAAACGGCCAGCAGAUGCACGUGAUGCUCGUGAAGUUGCUAGAAAAUUAAUAAAAAGUGGGGCCAUACAAGCUAUUCAGAAACCGCAGGCCAAACAAGAGUGCUCAUUCAAGCGUCCGAAAGGGCAAGAGCGUAAACGAUCUCAGCAAGAAUCCAGCCCCGGUGCUCAGUAUCAAUCGUUUUCCUCAGUGGAGACACCGCCGGCCAACCCAGCGUCGAGCCCUGAUACCCCGACGGAGAAAGAUCCAGCCCGGGCCCAAAAUCUGUACCAACAAUUUGCCAAUGAACGCGAUAAGGAGGAACAAGCUGGGAAAGCCAGUGACUCCCCACGGGAUAAACCUCGUUCGGGUAAUACCGUUUAUGUUUCCGGCAACAAAGUCACGGAAGAUUUUCUGAAAAAGCAUUUCAUCGAAUUUGGUGAAAUAUUGAACAUUUCCAUGGAGAUUGAAAAGGGAAGAGGAUUUAUAACUUUUUCUAAAACCGAAUCAGCAGACCGGGCGAUUGGUGAACUGCACAGCAAAACUGUUGGAGGAAUCCAGUUACAAGUGCAACUGGCGAGACGUCAACCGCAAAUAAAUCCAAUAAAUGAUGCCGGCUCCUCUUCUACGUGGUCUGCGUUAGCCACAUACCGAUCACAGAAAGGAAAGCACAAAGAUAAUCGUGAACUAGUGUGUUAUGAUCAUGAUGAUAUCUUCUAAAAUAUAAGUAGGUGGACCACAUUGGUAAGUCAAACAUUAUCCUUAUCGAUUAGUUUUUGCUAAAAAAUCUCGAAAUGUAAAUGCAUCCCAAUGCAUAUUCUUUUUCCUAUUGCUUCAGCACGAAGAACCAUACUAUUAUUUAAAAUUAUACUGUAGCCCUUUGAAAGUUACAAAAAAAAGUAAUAAUACAAAGUUCUAAACAUUACA